AUGGCUAGUCCAUUCGGUGUCUUGGUUUGUUUACUUAUAGUGCUACCACAAAUCCUUGCUAUUUCUAGCCCCAUCGACGAGAUUGCACCUCUUAAGACAUGUCAGUUCCCUUGUAUGACCGAGGUUAACUUGCACUUGUUCUUGCACCAAUUCGUCGACGGGCCAAACAACCCAAAUCGCAAUGAGGAAACCUUACUCCAAGCAAGUUUUCCUUUUGGGUUUGGGACGACGAUAGUCCAUGACUGGACUCUUACCGAGACAACAAAUUCCAAAGACACGGUUGUUGCACGUGUACAAGGUGUGCAUGUCCAGGCUGGUUUAACCAAGCCUAACAGAUGGUACACGACUCAUAACAUAGAGUUUCAGCAAGGAAGGUUUGCGGGGUCCACCCUUCAAGUGAUGGGUAUAACCGCAGGUUUGGAAAGUGGGAAAUGGUCUAUUGUCGGUGGAACUGGUCAAUUCAUUAUGGCACAGGGUAUAAUAAGUUUCACAAAUCAUCCGGCCUCUACUUUUGAAGAUGGUAUUAAAGAACUCAAUAUUCGUGUACGCUUCACAAGGGAUAUUACACAAGCUGCUUGA